GUCAGUUAUCUCCCCUGGUUGUGUAACUCUUCAGCCUUGAAGCGACCGACCUGGAAAAUGUCGUCGGAGAAGUUCGAGUCCUUGGAGGACGAUUUGAACGGGAUUUUGGAGCAAUUGAAGAAGUACAUCCACGAUGAGAUCCCCGGAUUAUACGGCGAGGAGAAGAAAAAUGCCAAGAGACAAGUUGAAAAGAAAUUGGAGGAAGCCUCCCUUUUGAUGCAAGAAAUGGAACAAGAAAGCAAAUCAGCGCCACAAAGUUACCGAAUACAGAUGAUGAAUCAGUUGAGGAAUUACCGAAGAGAAAUUGAAAAUCUUAGUAGAAAUUUUAAAAUGAUUUCAGAAAAUAAUACUUUUGAUUCUGGAACCAAUGAUUGGGAAAGUAAAAUCGAAGGUUCAAACCGGCAAAAAUUAUUUUCUGGCAUCCAGUCUUUACAAAGGACUUCUGAAAGUAUUGCUCGGUCGCAUCAAGUUGCAGCUGAGACUGAUGAAAUUGGUACAGGAAUUAUUGAAGACAUGAGCCGACAAAGAGAAGUUUUGGAAAGAACCAAAAACAGACUUGACGAAACCGAUGCUAACCUUAGUAAAAGUCGGCGAAUAAUAAAAAAUAUUGUAAGACGGGUGAUGACUGACAAAAUGAUCCUUAUUGCCAUAAUCUUGGUUGAAUUAGCAGCCUUAGGUGGAGUGGUUUACUACAAAUAUUUCAGAAAGUAAAUCCAAUUCCGUUUGUAAAUCUCUCCAUUAUUGUUGUUACAAUAAUCAAUAAAAAUAAAUAAAUAAAUAAAAAGAGGUAACCAACAUAUUUAUAUUAUCAUGUAACAACAACAACAACAGCAAUUACACAUUCUGAACUAAUUAUUUUCGCAAACCAUCUCUGUAAUAAUUAAAAAUGAUUUUUCAAACAAAUAUUCUCUUGUUAAAGUAAAUGCGGUUAAGACUGGAUGAGAAGGGUCAGAUGGGUUUUGUGGGCUGGUGGAAGUUAUCUCCACUUUGGUUGCACCUGGCAACGCUCCUGGCUUCGACCCGACAGAGACGACAAUGCGUUUGCUGCUUUAAGCAUCAGACACCAACAUUCCUUCCCAGGUUGAAACUGAAGCCAAAAGUCUGAGAAAUCUUUUGAGCCAAGAACAUUUUUAUUUAUUCCUUCAAUUUGUUUAUCUUCAAUGAUUUGAAUCAACAUUUUAACUGUCAUAAAACCAUAAAAGAUAUAAAUCAGGUGAGAGAGGGUGCCUCUACAUGGUCUCUUGACCUGUUAGAAAUAACAACCAAAUCUCCCUCAAAUUACACCCUGGUGUCUUAAAGAAAGGAUGAAUGAAUAUGUUAACUAAUAUAGUCAGUCCUAGACAUAUUCCUGGCCCCUCCCCCAUGAAAAAAAAAUGCCUUUGAUUGUUAGUCUACUUGUUGAAGGUAGACCUAGAGUUA